AUGCUGAACGAAACCCGAUUCUUCUCAAGGCAUAAGCGCAGAGUUUCACACCUGGAGAAUGAAUAUUGUCUCAGGGCUGGAUUAGUUUCAAGCAGUGGCUAUAAGACAGAAAUAAACAAACCCUCUGUACACGAUAGAAACGAUGGCUCCCAUAAAGCAUGCCGUAAAUUAUUGAUGGUGCAUUUUUCGAUAACUUCAUCGUGAUCAGUCCACAAACGCCUGAUGAGCGCUUUCUGUCCUUUCUCAUUUUUGCAAGCUUUUUCUAGUAAAACAUUGUAAUCGCUCAAAAAAUACUCAAGCUUCUCAGUCACAAUGUUCUUUUCCGUGGCUUCGACCUCUAGCUCAGGAAUGACUUUCUUCGAGGCUGUUUUUCGAACAGCCUUCCGUUUAGAAACGCCCAUUGGUAAUAAUCUAUACUUGUUUGAACUCUUCUAGUUUUUCUGAUUUUAGCACUGAUUGUUGAACCAAGUGUAUGAAAAAGCUCAGUAAAUACUUCACGGGAAUCCUUUUCAAACUGCCCUCUAUAAAAUCCGUGUUCCCACUCCCAACUGACUAGUUUCCCAUAGUUGA